AUGGCGGGACGGCCAGGUGCGCAAGCAGGGAUGCCGCGGGACGACUUGGACGCCUCGGGACUCUCAAGACAAUUUGAUCAAUUACUUCGGACGAGGAGACUGAAUGAGCUGGAAGAACGCGUGAGGUCACCAAGAUCGCAGUCUCCGCAUCACCCACGUUCAGCUUCAUCGAACCUAUCACCACGUCCAUCGCUAAAUCUGCCUCCUGCAUAUACUCAGUUUAGAAGCCUUCCUAUUGCGCCAUCGCCUCCGCAAGAUGCUGCCUCGCUAAAGUUUCGCAACCUCCUCAUCACCCUCUCGUACACUCCGAUCAAAUAUGAAAAUCCCGGUUUACUCGACGAGGCGUUGACGUACAUCCCCACCCAAAGGAUAUAUGAGGAAGCAGACGAGGAGCAUAAUAUCAUGCUAGCCUCAGCAGCCUCUAUGGGUGACGACGUCAAGCCAGAAUGGGGUUAUCAGGAUUGUGUCAUCAAAGCCUUGCUCAGAUGGUUCCGUCGAUCCUUUUUUACCUUCGUCAACAACCCUCUCUGCCCAAUCUGUGGCAGCCCAACUGAUGCUCAGGGCAUGACACCGCCUACUCCGGACGAAGCUGCCCGUGGUGCCAACAAGGUAGAGCUCUACAGGUGCAGCACUGCAACCUGCAAUGCUUAUGAACGGUUCCCCCGAUAUUCAGAUGUUUGGCCAUUGCUAGAGACACGGCGAGGUAGGUGUGGGGAAUGGGCCAAUUGCUUUAGUAUGCUAUGCCGUGCUGCUGGUGCAAGGGUACGAUGGGUGUGGAACUCUGAAGACGCGGUAUGGACUGAGGUCUAUUCGGAGCAUCAGAGGCGUUGGAUCCACGUCGAUGCUUGUGAAGAAGCGUGGGACAAUCCGAGGCUUUAUGCUGAAGGCUGGAGGAAAAAGCUUGCCUACUGCAUUGCCUUCUCCAUUGAUGGUGCCACCGAUGUAACCCGUCGAUACGUGCGCAACCCUGCCGAACAGGGCCUGGGGCGUACUCGCUGCCCGGAAGAAGUACUUUUGUGGAUUACGCAGGAGAUCAAGAAGAUGAGACGGGAGAAUAUGGAUAAGCCCGAUCGCUCACGGCUGAUGAAAGAGGACGCUCGAGAAGAGAAGGAGCUGCGAAGUUAUGUUGCUCAAGCCUUGACUGCACAGAUGGUUAGUACCAUGCCUGGCGCCAUACAGGGUUCGUCGAAUUACGUAUCGUCACUACCUGCAGACGACGUCAAAACACCUGUUGGUAGACAGGAUGGUUCAUCAGAGUGGAUCAAUGCACAAGGAGAUAACGGCACAAAUAUUCCGGAUCCGAACCAGAGGCACGAAAGAAGAUGA